UCCAUCGAGCCUACCCCACAAUCCCCACUUAAAAGCUUCCUCUCCCUCUUCCUCAGACCUGGCUAGCUUCCACAUGUUCGAAGCCUCGCUCAUUCCGAAAUGCCAUUAUGAUUCGUUUGGAAGUGAAAAGAGGAGGAGCGGCGGCGAGGUCGGCGGUGGCGAUGGUGGGGAGGUUGGUGAACGAAGUGGUGAGCUUUGUUUUGUUCUCCGCGCUUGACCUUCUUGAUGCUGUGCUGUGCUUGGUCUUCAAGCUGGUCGAUUACGCCUUCGAGUCCAAGUGGAAGCCCUGCUACUGCUCCUCGUCGGCCCGAGAGAUGAUCACCAGCAGCGGCAACAUACUCAUCUCCGAAAGCGGAAAGUCGAAAAUAGUCUUCCUUUCUUCAACAAAGCUUCAUCUGGAGGAGAUCUCGGAUACUCUCUACUCGCGGCCUCCUCUCCUGUUCGACAUCUCUCGCUCCACCAUGACGGAUCUUCGCAGCCUCGGCUUUCUAAGGAGAAGUGACGGUGCGGCGGCGCUUGCUGCAGCGGCAACUGCGAAGAGAGUCAGAAAAAGUACCACUGCUUUAACCAUCAAUUCUGCCAUUGUGGAGAUGCUGCAGGGCAAGAUCGGCGGGAAGCAGAGUCAGCCCGUCCCUCGCUGGUCGGACUGCGCCUGCAAGCGGUGCUCUGGCUGGUGCUUGGCACCUUCUUCCUCCCGCGUCCUCCUCUACGCGCACUCACAGUUCCCUCCAGAUGGGGCAGCGGUGGAAGAUGUGCUGUUCAUCCAUGGAUUCAUAUCGUCGUCAUCUUUCUGGACGGAGACGGUUUUCCCCAACUUCUCCGACACGGCGAAAUCGAGGUACAGGUUGUUUGCGAUGGAUUUGCUUGGAUUUGGGCGGAGCCCUAAGCCGGCGGACUCACUGUACACGCUGCGGGAGCACGUCGACAUGAUCGAACGGUCCGUUUUGCAGCGGCACGGUGUGCGGUCCUUCCACAUUGUAGCUCACUCGCUCGGAUCCAUCCUUGCGCUCGCCCUUGCUGUCAAGUACCCCGACGCCGUUAGGUCUCUCACGCUUCUCGCACCGCCCUAUUUUCCAGUGCCGAAGGGGGAGCAGGGAACGCAAUACGUGUUGAGACGGGUGGCGCAACGAAGGGUGUGGCCGUUGAUUUCAUUGGGUGCGUCCGUGGCUUGUUGGUAUGAGCACAUAAGUCGCACAGUUAGCCUCCUCAUGUGCAAGCAUCACCUCUUUUGGGAGUUUAUCUUUCGCUUCUUUACUCGCAAUAGGAUAAGGACGUUUCUAAUGGAAGGGUUCUUCUGCCACACGCACAACGCCGCAUGGCAUACACUCCACAACGUCAUCUGCGGGACGGCGGGGAAGAUCGAGGGCUACUUGGAUACAGUAAGGGACAGAAUGCCGUCUUGCGCCGUUACGAUUCUCCAUGGCACGGACGAUGACCUGCUCCCCGUCAGCUGCAGCUCCGCCGUCAAGGCCAGGAUCCCGCGGGCGGAUCUCCGGGUCAUCGACGGCAAGGAUCACAUCACCAUCGUCGUCGGACGGCAGAAAGCCUUCGCCCGGGAGCUCGAGCUGAUCUGGGAAGCCGCGAAUCUCAAAGCAAAAUGAAAUCCUUUAUUAUUAUUUUUUCCCUCUCUUUCUUUUUUGUUCAUUAUGAUUUUCUUCCACUGAUUCGGAAAUGAUAAAGCUGAUGGUUCCAUCUA